AUGACUUCCUCUUGGGAUAUGCACUCCGACUCGGAGUCGCGCAAUCGCCUACCGACCCUGUUUGAAGUUCUCAGUCGUCGCACUCUGGCCCCUGUCGAUCUCUUUUCAUUCUACAUUUACAUGCGCGACCAGCAACGUUCUGUGGACUACCUUGACUUCUGGCUUGAUGUUUCUCAACACAUGUCUCUCUGUCGCCAUUAUGUCCGUGAACUUCGCCGCUCAGUACUCGUCGCAACACCCGACAUGGAGAGAGCGGACAGCAAACGAUCCUCUGCGCUGCUUGAGAAUUUGGAGAACCUGGGUGAUAUUCCGCUGGUGGAGGCUGGGCCUUCACGCAUCCCAGGCAACGAAAAAGAACGGGAUGCCGAUCAUCGCCUGUCUGCUUUCCUGCGAUCUGAAACCCACACCUCGACUCACUCGCCUCAGAACAGUAUCGGAUCCGAGUCUGUGUACCCGACUCGCACUGAGUCACCCGAUCAGCCACGCCGCAGCUCCGCCACUCACAAUGGCGGCGACUCCAACUCCCCCGGUCACACUGUUGCCCGCAACGAUAUCCGUGCCAGUGCCGAGAAGAUUCUGUACACCUACCUGCUACCCGGUUCCGAACGUGAAAUUGUCUUGCCUGAAGCAAUGGUUUCGACUAUUAUCAACCUGAUCGAGGAUGACGGCCGUGAUGACCCACAGGUGUUCGACCCCGCCAAGGACUACGUUUUUCAAGCCAUGGAGCGCGAUGCUUUCCCAGGGUUCUUGCAGGCCAAGGCCCUGGGUAACCUAGUUCCAUUGAGCAUCAUUUUGCGUUUGGCCUUUGCUCUGAUCAGCUUCGGUGGUGGAUUCUGGGGAGCCUUCUACGUUGUUCUGCGCAACAAGCCUCGACACAUUCGUUGCUGGGUUAUUCUUCCCUUUGCUGUUGCGGCCUAUUUCAUCGUCUCUUACCAGUACAAGAUCGAUCCCGUAAUGGCCUUCAUAGCCUACAGCGAAUACACCUUCAUGAACUGGGCGCCGAUUCGUGAGCCCUACGUCCGCAAGCUGCUGAACAAGCGUGCCAUUGUCACUGCGGCCGUUGCCUUCCUCACAGCUGCCGCAUUGAGUAUCUUGUUCAUCUUCGUCCCCGGAACCAUGAUGUGA